CUUCCCCUUCCCCUCCUCCUUUCUCUGCAACAACACACACACACACACACACACACACACACACACACACACACAGAGCACUUACAGGUAUUUGCUUAGUGGCUUUUAUUCCUGCCCUCCCCCCUCUGCCUUCCCCUCCCCUCCACCAACCCUCUUUUUUCCCCUUCUUCCCUUUUUACAGUUUGUUGACAAGUAUCAAAGUUGGCAUCGAGGAAGCUGCCAAAGACACAUCGGGAUAUUUCUCCCCCCCCCCCCCUUUUUAAAUUUUGAUUCCUCUUUUUAUGCUCUUCUUUCCCCUUCCAUCCCUUCUUCUUCUUCUUUGUGUCAGGGAGCGAUGUGUGCCACUAAUUAAAGGCAGACAGGCGGCUUACGCCUCGGCCAAGACUAAGCCCAAGCCCCCCUUCCCCAAAACCAGAGACUGUGGGAGGAGGAGGAGGAGAAGGAACAGCAGAAGAAGAGAAAGAAGAGAAAGGCGAAGGAUGCCAUCGCGGGACCUGGAGGAGCCUUCACGGUCUGGAGAGAUGAUGAUGAUGUCCCGCGAAGCGGAGGAUUAAAGGGCAGCGCUCCCCGUCCCCUGCCCUCCCCCGAGGGCUCCGGUGGCCCUCCUCCCGGCCCUUCCCUUCCCUUCCCUCCCCGGCCCCCCUUCCCCUUCCGCGGCCAUGAACACCAACGUCUGCGUGGAGCCCGGUCCCAACCCGGAGGCGCCGGGCCUCCCCAAGGAGAGCCACCUGCCCGACGGGGCCCUCAACCCUCUUGUGGAUUACAACUCGGAGAUGGAGCGCUACCGCUCCUUCGCCACUUUCUACAAGGCUAAUGGAGGCGCCGCGGCGGCCGCUUUCCCGCAGGCGGCGGCGGCGACGGCAGCAGCGGCAGCGGCGGCGGCGGCGGCCAAGAUCGCCCGCAUCACUACCCCCAUCUUCCCCAGCGCCGCCGCCGCCGCCGCCGCCCGCAUCGGCAUGUCCCCCUGGAACUGCGACACCGCCACCGCCGCCGCCGCCACCGCCAUGCUCUGGGGAAGCGGCGCCGGGGGCGGAGGGGCCGGCGUCGGGGGACCCAACCCUGCCGCCGCCGCCGCCGGAGGAGUCGUGGCCCGCAAAGCAGCAGCCGCCGCCGCCGCCUCCUCCUCCUCCUCCUCCUCGCCCUCCAACGCUUUGCACGCCGUCAACCGGAGCAACGGAGGCGGCCUCCACCACCGGAACGACUCUCAACGGAUGGGCAAACCGGGCUGCCCUGCCUCCGAGCCCCCUCCUCCCCCUCCCCCGCCUUCCUCCUCCUCCUCCUCCUCCUCCUCCUCGUUGCAAAUGGCCAACAACAACUUCCUCUCCUCCUUGGGGCCGGAGCACUGCAGACCUUUGGGCGCCGGGGAGUGCAUGAACAAGCUCAAGUGCGGCGCGGCCGAGGCCGAGCUGAUGAACCUGCCCGAGCGGGUGGGGACCUUCUCGGCCAUCCCGGCCCUCGGGGGGCUCUCCUUGCCGCCGGGGGUCAUCGUCAUGACGGCCCUCCACUCCCCCGCCGCCGCCUCCGCCGCCGUCACAGACAGCGCCUUCCAGAUCGCCAACCUGGCGGACUGCCCCCAGAGCCACGCCGCCGCCUCCUCCGCCGCCGCAGCCUCCUCGGCCGCCGCCGCCGCCGCCUCCUCUUCCCUGGGAGCAGGAGCAGGAGGCGGAGGAGGAGGAGGAGGCGGUGGAGGGGCUGCCGGAGGAGGCUCCGGAGGAGGCGGAGGAGGCGGCAACCCGGCCAAGAAGAAGCGGAAGCGCUGCGGGGUCUGCGUGCCCUGCAAGCGGCUGAUCAACUGCGGCGUCUGCAGCAGCUGCAGGAACCGCAAAACCGGACACCAGAUCUGCAAGUUUAGGAAAUGCGAAGAGCUCAAGAAAAAGCCCGGCGCGUCGCCGUCGUCGCUCGAGCUUGUGCAGCCUGAGGAUGUGGGCAGGAUUCUUGGAAGUGUGAGGCCGACGAUCUGUGCACUUGACCCUUACUCAUCUUGGCUAGUUAAAGAGGAGGACAGAGGAGGACAGGCUGAGUGGAUGGAGCAGGGAUGACAGCAGUGUUGGUACCAAUCAGGCGACGAAGAGGAGGGUAUUUCCUAACUGGGCAGCCACAGCAGAGAAGGCCCUCUCUCACAUCUUCCCACAGCUGGUUGCCUUGACCGAUGGGACACAGAGGAGGGAGUCUUCAACAGAUCUCAAACCACAGGCAGGUAUAUAUAGCGAAAGGUGCUCCUUCAGGUCCUAAGUCAUUUAGAGCUUUAAAUGUCCUACUGGCACCUUGAAUUCAGACCAGAAGUGUAUUGGUAGCCAGUGCAAUUCCUCUAGAAACAAUGUUGUAUGGUUUCUGUAUCGCAUUCUAGUCAACAGUCUAGCUGUUGCAUUUUGCAGUAGUUGCAGCUUCCUAGUCUGUACGUUAAUGAUGCCCAGCUCUGAUGGUUGUUUUCAUGUCACUCAAAUUCUGUAGCCUUACUGUGUCUGUGGCUUCUUGCAAUAAUUGGAAACUGGAGGAUGACAAAUUCCAGUGUAGAUAAGCCCAAAAUAAGACUGAAUGGGAGGUUUAGCAGUAUGUCUUAUGCCCUGGGGUCAAGGAGGUUGAAGGAUUUCAUCAACAUUUCCAAAUGUUCAUAGCUUGGACAGUUUCUUCUUGUGCUACAGUUGAGACUUGUGUUGGGCUUAAUAGAUUGCAGUGGCUUGUUUCCUUUAAACAUUCUGCAGAAGAAAGAUUUGUUUUUGGCAGAUACAGUUUUUCUAUGUAGCAUUAUCCCAUAAGAAACAUCAUCCUGCAAAAUGUUUUCUGCCGUACAGUUAGUAAAGGUACAGAAGCCAUGUUACAUUUUUUGGUUACAGCUUUUGUAGAUGCACAUACACAACUGUGUAUGGGGAAAUGUGCAUAUUUUCAAGUACAGUAGAUGCAAAUGAUAACACAUAUAAGACUCUCCCUCAAGGUGAUAAAAUAAGUUGAUAAAUUGUGAAAAUUAGUGGAAGGAGAGAGGAGGGAUGGACUUUGAAUUAAGGCAAUAAAAUAAUCCCCAUAAUUCCUGCCUCUUUUGUUUCAUUUUUUUCUUGUGUCUCCUCCCCAUAAAGGUUUGUCCAAAAUCAAUUAAAAAGGAGAGACAGAAUUAAGAAACAGUAAAAGAAAGAAAACAAACAAUGCUAAAUAAUUGUGCCAGAUAAAUUUACUUAACAGCAUUUUGCUUGUGGAAGGAACUAUCUCCAGACAUAACACAACAAAUGAGCCCAACUCCUUUAUCCAUUUGAACAUAGAAGGAACAUUGAAAUUUCCCCUAACAAGAGCCAGGGGUGUAGCUCUAAGGAGGAGGGGACAAAAUAAGGACAUUCUGCCCCCAAAAUGAAAUUUUCCUACAGUCCCCAAAUCUUCUAGAAUUGCAGAGACCAAGACACUGAAAAUCUUUCACUUCUAGAACUCUUAUAUUUGCUGGGUUCACAUUCCUUUGAUAACUUUCUUUGCCUCUUUUCUUUCGAGGCCUAAACUGUAUUUGUAAUGGCCAGCUGAAGUUUCAAGUUAAUGCAGGGUGUCAACAGGUGAUGGAUACUUGUACACUUGGUAAUCAUAGGGAACUAGAGGGGAAAGAGGUGUUGCUUGACAAAACUAGUAGGAUUUUUGCUGUAGAUCUGCAGAUCAAAAUUUUGCAUGUGUGACUCCCAUUGGGUAAAUGGGGAUGGCCAGAGCAUGGGGGUAAUGGGAGAUUUUUAGGAGGACAGCCACUGGGCUGUUCUCUGCAUCUUUGGUUGGUGUUUUGCUUCCACCCCAUCUUUAAGGUGUUUCUAGAUGCCAUUCCUUUUUUUUUCUAUAGCUGCCUUUAGAAGGUCUCCCCAGAAGCCUAGUUUGGGGUUCACUUUUGAUGACAGUAUGAUGACAGUGAACUCACUUUGCAUUUAUAUUAUUUAAAAGAGUGAUGGGAAUCUUCAGUAGGUCUGGAGGCUAAUUUUCUUCUUAUGAGAACAUAUUGGGACCACACAGGCAUCCACAAAUGCCAAAAAAGGAAAACAAAUCUGAAAGCUUCUGGAAAGCUAUUUUUGGUUUUAGAAGAUGAGUAUUUAUUUAAUGUUAACAGUUCAGGGGACCCCAUGACCUAUUUAAAUAGUUUCCCCCUAUGCUGGAGGAUUUCAGGAGAGACAGUUCACCCCAAGGUUGUUUUUUGUCUUCCUAACUUGCCCUUCUUCAGUUUUUCUGAUUAAAAAAAAUACAGAACACCAGUAAUUUCUGAGGCAAGGAUGCAAAAAAUCAGGCCUGUAGGGCCCAUGUUUUUCCAUCACUCAUUUGAAACACUUCUACCCCCUCUUCAGCUGGAAAUUCUCUAUGAGUAGUUUAUAAAACACCCUAAGUACCAUGAAGGUACCAGAUCCUGUUUAAUCUCUGAAGCUAAGCAGAAUCAUUACUGGUUGGUACUUGGAUGGCAGAUCAACAAGAGAUAGUGGUGCUUAAAGCUAUAUUUCAAAGGAAAGAACUGGCAAAACCACCUCUGGUAAUCCUUGCCUAAGAAAACCUUAUGUCUUAUGACAUUUAUGAGGUCUCCAUAAGUUGACUUGAAGAGACAUACAUCUUGCAUAUCAAAAGCCAGAAGAGAUAGUUCCUUCCUCCAGGUUCACAAUCUAAAAAAAGGCAUGCACAAAAAGAAAGGGUGAUGCAGAGGGAACAGAAAAAAUACUAACUUUUAGGCACAAGGUCUUAAUGUUAUGAAAUAUGUAGGGCUGGCAUUUUGUCUGCAGUGGCAAACCAUAAAGAAAGUUCUACACACCAUUUAAAAAGUGGUUUUUGUUGUUUUUUUAAAAAAUGGCAUGAACUUUCACUUAUCUAAGAAAGUGCUACAAGCCACAGGAAACCAGAAAGUCUACUGGGUUCUUCUCAUUUGAAUGAUUUCCAGAUUUGAAUCCAUAUUUGGAUUCAAGAGUUUAACUCUAAGUAGUUUAAAAAUAAGUAAAAUUGCAAAAAUCAUGAACCAAGACUGGUAAUUGCUGGUCUCAUUGCCUUCAUGUUUCUCAUUUAGUAUGAAUACUAAUGUAUUCUUUUGGUUAGUGCAGUUCUGCUGUAGUUAAUAUAGUUCUAAUUUUAUGUUACAAUAGCCUUUCCCAAUCUGGUGGCCCCCAGCUGUGUGAGACUAUCAUUAUCCCACACUAGUUUCGGAUUGUGGGAACUAUAACCUAAUAUAUCUCGAGGAUGCCAAGCUGUGUGAGGGUGUGCUAGAAUUUAUUCCUUUGUUCUGAUAUGCCUUUGGGAUUGAAUGUUCAGGUUACCCUAGUGUACUGUAUAUGGGGUGCAGUAACAAAGCUUGAGGAAAUUUACUGUUUUAAGACUAUAGUUGUCACAGACCCUUAGCUAGUAUGGCUGUUAGCUGGAAAUUCUGAGAGUUGUUGUCCAAAAAGUAACUUAGAAAGCUCUGUCUUCUCUGCUCCCAGCUCACCAUGUUGCUUCUGUCAGUGUGCUCCAAAACUCUUAUGUUAAAUCUUACACCAGUUUUUUUUUAAAAAAAUCAAAGUCUAUCUACCCCACUGUACCCAUGGAAGUGCAUGCUGCAUUGACUUUUUGCAAUACUUCUGUGCACACACUUACCUGCAAGCAAGUCCAAUUGAACAUAGUGGCCUUAACUUGUAACUGGACAUGUAUAGGAUUGCAUUGUUUCUUAGUCUUUAAGCUGCCACCAAACUCUUAGUUGUUUAAUUUACAAUCUGAUUCUGUGAAAAACACAUCAUUUUUUUUAAAAAAGUCUUAUUACCAAAUGUGUUUUGUGACUAAAAAAAUUGCAAGUCAUCCUCAUACACAUUCACCAGAUGGGUGAUAUUCUGCAUCCAUUGGUGGAAUGCUUGCUCUGAUUGCCAGUGAUUCAUUCAAGAACCACUCUUUUGAAAUCUAAGUAAGAAUUUUUGAUUGCUAAAACAGGAAUAGGUUUCUAAGCAGAGGACAUUUAAAUUAUAAGCACCAGAAGAUGCUGCAAUACUGCUAGGUUACCUAAGGUUGCAAUCCUAUAUAUACUUGUCUGGGAGUUAGCACCACUGAACUCAGUACUACUUAGUUCUGAAUAGAUAGGUACCAGAUUGUACUAUAAGAAGAGUGCAACUGAUAUAUAAAGAAACUGCAGAAGGAAAACAGGUUAAUAAAGAAGAAAUCUUUCAAUGCAAUGGAAAGAAAGCUUAACUUGUUUUCUUGCUUCUUUUUUUUUAUAGAGAACGCCUGUUCCCAGCGCUGAAGCAUUCCGAUGGUUCUUUUAAGCAGUAGUAUAUCUUAUUUUCAAGGCAGCCUGAAGUCUUGUUUUAAGAAACUGCUUAGUCCACCACUGAAGAAUAUGUUCAGAUCCUAUUUUCAUUAAUGUAUAGGGGUUUCCUCAAAAAAGAAAAAAUAAUUAACCCAAACAAACAGACAACAAGUUAUGAAGUAGAGAGAGUGGUCUCCAGGUAAGACGGGAAAAAGGAGUUUUGGAAGCUUUGGAGAACAGAGUCUGUGAUAAAAACAGACCAUUCCCCCCCUGCAGAAAUGCUUGAACAUAAGAUAGUACUGUUUUACCUUCUUUUCCCCCAUCAUGCUCACUGUCUUGAUUUUCUGUGAAUGCUGUGCCCUCUCCUUGCAUCACAGUUUGCUUUCUUAUGUUUUCAUGCUAUUCAGACAACCCUCCAGUCAUCUCACUCUGUCUCUCCCAAAUAACCUGGUUGCAUUAUGUGCAGCUGGUUCCAGUGUUAACUGUUGUGUGUUGCUUUCCUCUCUAUAAAGGCCCUCUGAAUAUGAAAACACUUCACAGAAGAGCACAUUGACCAGCUCUGUGAGGGCCACUCUCUUACCAGGAGACCACCGUAUCUGGGACCCUGGGGAAUUGGCCAGUUUACUCACAUUCAGUACACACCAAUUCUUUCUUUGAUGUAAUUUAGCUAAACUAGUGAAGUUGUUGUCUAUUUUUAAAGUGGCUGUAAAAAAGAAAAAGUUUGGGUAAACCCCUGCUAUAAAAUAAUGUAUCUUUACAAAGUACCAUAUCUAUACUUCAUUUGCCAAUAUAUGUGUUUCAGUACUGUAAACUGUACAGAUAGCAGCUUGUAUUUUAUGUGUUUAGACACAAAGAGACAAUCACGUCUGAGCAUCUAUGGAGAUUAACUGUUUGCACACAACCGUGUCAUUCUUCAAAUUCAAUCUGGAGCAAUAAAUCCGAGCUUUAACUAUUCCUUUUGCCGGUUGUCCACUAGCAGCAGUAGCAAUGGCAACACUGUUGUUGAUGAUUUUUUUUAAAAAAAAAAUCCAUGUGCCCUUCCAUGAAUAAUGCAGAGUUGUAUGAGAGUAAAAAUAACAAUGAAUCCACCAGAAACCUUCAGACCCUAAUGUUGUACAGAAGGAAAGACAUAUAAUGUAAAAUUUAGUCUUCAUGAACACUAUAUUAGAGAAGUGAUUAUACACUUGCAUUUCUUUGGAAAGUGCUUUACUGAUUGUGUCCCCUCUACAGUAUCUACUUAUCAAUUAACUGGUUUUGUAUUUCACCACAAAAUUUGAGUUUACAUUAUAAAUGAAUAUCCAAAUUUAAUGUUACCCAGAGUUAUUUUCAAGUUGUUUUAAGAUAGAAAAUGAAAAAGUGUUAAUGUCUUGCAAAGAAGAGGAAUCUAUCAUGCCACACAUUUUAGUUGCUUUAUUGAUCUUUCACUGAGGGAAUGGGGACACUUUACCAUCAACUAUUUUUUGCUCCAGGUGCAGCAUUUAGCCCUUAGACUAGUUUACAAAUUUAGCCAGAAUUGAAUAGUUACUGCAGUCUUCUCCCUCAGGUCACAAAAGCCUGAUCACCUUUAAAGUUUUUACAAAUAUUAGCACUUUUAAUAAAAAUGAAAAUGGAAACUGAAUGAUUACUAUUAUGGUUUGUUUUGCUUAGGGGGAAAUUUUUAGCAUGGAGUUUCAGCUAUAUUUUCCAAUCCACUCACUUUGCUGCACUGGCUGUGCUAAACCAUUUAAAAGAAAACAGAAUGUAGGAAAGUGAAUUUCUUACCUCAUCAAGAUUACUUUGUCUCUGUAGCCAUUUUGUUAAAAAGCAGAGCUUUGUGUACUUAAAAUAAGAAAAUAAAUAAAAAAUAAGGGAAAUAUAUAUGAUGGGAUGGGUAAAGUGUUUAGGAAUGUGCACAGCCAAGGUUGUGCUAAAGACAGCAUGGAUGCCGAGUGUGAGAGAGCUCCCUCAGCAUCCUGCAUAUCUCAGCCCCACCAUCAUGCCGGCAUACUGAAAGAAAAAAUAUAGGCUUGCUCAGUGCAGUGUGUGUGUGUGGAACGACUGAAAAAAAAUGCUGGCAGUGUGCAUGCCAGAGGCUGCUUGUAUAGGAUUUCCAGUGUUUAUAGUGUAGAUGGAUAGUCCAGUUUUUAUAUUUGGCACAACUCACAUUCCACUGUAUAUUCCAGUAUCCAAAGAUGCAUAUUUGAGAUACCAUAAUGUUGAUAGAUGAUUCAUACUUUUAGCUACUCUUGCUAUUCUUACAAUUGCCAUGUCAUACUCAAGAGUUAAUUUUCUGCCCCUGCAAUGCCUUGUUUAAAGGUGAAGAUUCCCAUCUACAUUUACAGUUGUGUGUGCAGACUCUCUCUCUGUGUGUGUGUGCUUGACAGAUAUUCCUGGUUAACUUAUUUAAAGUAACAAAAUAUGUUAUUUGGGGUAUAUUAAUUCCUGUAAUUGGCAUUUCAUGAGAUUUUCCCCUUACCAGACACCUCCACUCACCAAAUUUUAAAGUAGCAAAAAUAAACUGGCCGUUUUACUUUAGGAACAAUAACAUUCAAAUAUAUGCUAACAUGGCUGUUUUGUAUAAUGAAUUCCUGUUGCAGAAUGCAUUGCUACAGAAUGUGUGAUUAUAAGUGCAGAAUUCUAAUGCACAGGCAGACACAAUAAUAGGAAAACUAGUCCACAGAUAAUUCUCUUCAGAAUGUUAUCUCAAUUUGUUUUGUUUCCUUUCUUUUCAUUUUAUCAGAGAGAAAAUUCAUAAGCUUGAAGGGUAUUAGGUGUUUUGGACAGCAGCAAAGUGUUAUGAUUUAAGAUAAAGAGCAAAGGCCAUCACUGUGAAUCAUUUCCCUUCUCUGACCUGUUUCUGACUGCCUUCCUUUAAAACCAUGCAUUUUUUAAAACUGGAUUUUAAUUUUUGUUUUCUGUCCAUUUUGUGACAGGAUAAUCUAUUCAAAUAACAUUUUCAAGGUAACAGCAGCAGAGUAAGUCAGUUCUCUCACUCCACUCAGCAAGGAUAUGACAUGUAAUUCAAAAAAGGUGAAACCUACUUAUGUCUCAUAGAAAGCAAGAGAAUGUUUAAGUGGUUACAAGAAUGAUCCUAAGGGGAAGGAGACCAUAGAUGAAGUGUUUCUAUAUUGAAGGCUCCAUGCCAUGCAAAGCCCCACCGGCUUACUGCUGAGAGAACAGAAGGACAGGUAGAACUAAUUUCACUUCUUAUACCUUUCCCUGGAUCUUUUUGUUUUUUUUAAAAAAACAACAUCAGCAAAGCUGGAAAGGAGUUAAGACACACUGUCAGAUGAUGCACACUAGGAAGGCAAAGUCUCCUCCUCCUCCUCCUCCUCCUCCUCCCUCUUCCAUGAAUGAACAAAGAAUUACAAACAUUUUCUCCUCACUAGGCAAGCUUACAAUAUUUUUUCUGUAUUUUAAAUUAUUUAUUUUCACUUAAAGAUUGAGAGGGAGUUGCACAAAAAUAUGGUUUUGUAAAAACAACUAUUUUUGUGCAGCAAAACUGGAUUUUGUGCAAAAUACAUAGUUAUUUCACAUGUUUUUUUCUUACUAGGGGUUUUGUCACCAAACCCCCCCCCCCAAAAAAAAAAAAGUUCCAGAGCAUUUUCUUAACAGUGUGUCUCAAUGUACAGAGACACCUUUUCCUAUCAAGCAUGAGGGGAGGGAAGUGUGAGUGUUUCUUAACAUCCCUAGCCUACCCUUCUGACAUCCUUUAGCCCCAGGGACAUAUUUCUCAGACCAAGAAUUGCAUUCUAAAUUUUUCUCUUAAAAGACAUGGAUCUCUAUGAGAUAUGUGGGCUUAAAUUAUGAGGCAGGUCUAGAUUCUUUUCACUGCUCAGCACUGUAAAUAAUUAGGACAUUCUCUGUGUGGCUCUACUGGAAAUCCUACAUGGAAAAACUGCAGUCCAUCUAUGAAAAGAUGAAGGCUUGUGUCAAUUUAAAGUAAGGGCUUAUGAAAGGUGAGUAAUCUUCCCAUGUCCUAGUUGGAGAGUUCUACCUCACAUAUGAGCUGCACACUGGGAAAAAAAUCAUAUGUAUUUGCACCAAUACGCAAAGAACUGUAGAAGUGGUCAAGAACCAUGAAACAAGCAGGCAAGAGUUAAUUAAUAAUAUUAUUCUGUUUGAGCCAGAAUAAUUAGGAGAAACAUGUGAGAGUAGAAAUAGUACCAAACUUAUAUGAUGUAGUAGGGAUGAGAGACUGAAGAUUUUUACAGCUAAUGCAAAGUCCUGACUUACAUACAAUUUGGCAUCACAUCCAUAACUGUAGGAAGUAAAACAAAUUUCCGUUUUUAGUACAAGGUAAUAAAUAAAAUAAAUAGGAUUGUUUCAUCUUAAGUGUUCCAUUCAUGUCUCUUUGAGAUAGGUUCAAAGGUAAAGAGUGGCUAAAAUCUGGUUGCUAGUCCCAGUAACUAUACAGCCAUCAUUAGAUCAAUUGCAAUUUUGUAAAUCAAGAUACACACACACACACACGCACGCACACAGUGGUCCCUAGGCUUACACGGAGGAUCUGUUCCGGACCCCCGCCUGAGCCAAAAAACACGCAUGCUCAAUUCUCAUUCAACUGAAUGGGGCUUGUGCUCACAGUGCAGGAGAGUGUGAGUGCCACAGGCAUGCACACCAUUCUUUCUCCCAUCACGCAGCUUCCAUGUAAGCAGGAAGCUGUGAUGGGGCACCUGCCUAUAGUGCGGGUGCACUGUGUGUGUGUGUGUGUGUGUGUGUGUGUGUAUAAUGGGACUAACAAUUAAGGGAUCAUCUAUGUUUGGCAGUAUACUUCAAGAUUCCCUUGGAGUAUUCUGCCCCCAAAUUCCCCUCAAAUCCACCCCCUUUACUUGCUGUGGGUUUUCAGCAAACUGCUGGCAGUUGCCACCAUUGUAGACACAAGUUGCUCUGAGGUCAGAAUGGGACUCCUCAGAGGAAAUCAUGCCUGCAGAGCAACUUGGGAGGGGCACCUGCAGGGACUGUGUGGGAAAGCAGCUGGCUAUCAUCACCGUGUUUUGCACCUGGUUUUCAGGAAAACCCAUAGCAAAAGGUGAGUCUUUUUAAUGUGGGACAAGUGGAGGAAAUCUGAAUCAGGACUGGUCAUGGUGAAACCUGGACCCAGUUUGGUGGUUUAUGCCUACGUAAUGUAAAUAACAUUCAGCAAGCUGGGGUGGGAGGGGGGGGAAUUUGGAGUUUAUAAGUAAUGCAGGCAAGCCCUGAGUUCAGGUCUGGAAGCUCCUAAUCCCUAGAAUCUGGAUCCAUGGAGAUGAGAUCCUCCACCAAGCAGUGAGUACAUUCAGCUUCACCUCUGCAAUUCCAUGUAUAUCUCCACAUAUGCCUUUUUUAAAAAUGGUACACAAGGGGUUAUCCUCUAGUCUUUUGUGCCCCUCCCUCCCUCCCUCCCUCCCUCCCUCCCUCCCUCAAUAGUUAGUAUGCCUUGAAAGGGACCACUCCAGCUCACUGGUGGGGAAGAUGCAGGAAGGCAGUUCAGACAGUGAAGAACAAGCUUGUUUCAGCUCAGAUGGGGAAAGAAAUAGGAGUGCCCUCACAGAUGGAGAGCACCCUCCUAUUCCUUCCCCUCAGAGCUACAUUGCCUGAACUGCCUCCCUUGGACUCCCAUCUAAAAAGACAUGUGUACCUGUAAUCCACACUUAUACAUGCAUAUUAAGAGGAUUCUGACCAUGGUGUAUCCUUCUUAACUGAUGUUGCUUUCCCUGGAACACUAUCCUAGAUUUUAAUGUCCAAGAAGUCAUCAUCUAAGAGAAAUUCCCAGGCAUGUUCUGUGAUAUCACAAGAGAUCGUUGGGAUCUUUUAUUUUUGGCAAAGCCAUUAUUCUUGUUCUGUACCUCAAUUGUUGAGCAUAAUUUAAAUAACAAGUGGCUAUUUAUCAAUUAUCCAUUUAAGCAAAUUUUUAAAGCCUUACUUGCCCAUCUGGCUGUUGAGCUUGCCUUGUUUGAAACAAUUUUUUGUGAUCGCUUUUAACAAAUAAGGCACAGAAGAAUUCAGUCUAGGCUACUUUAGGUGUACAAUGAUUCAUAGCAAUGUACUUCCUGUCUAAUACCCUGAUGUUGCAAGUGUAAAUGUGAUUUCAUUUCUGAGUUUUAGUUCUUUUUUGUUCGUUUGAUUGAUUUUAAAAGAACUGAUGAAUUUGUAUAUUGUGACUGUGAUGUUUUACAUGUCAAUCCCACAUUGUUAAAAAAAUAACACACCUGAUAAUUAUUAUUAAAAAAGAAAGCAUAAUGAAUAUAGAUAUAUUGCUUUGAUUUCUGCAGUUUUUCAGUUGUCUAAAGUAUAAAUUCUACAUCAUCAUGAUAAGUUACAUUUCAUUGACCCAAAAUUCAUAUGAUGUAGUGUUAUAUUUAGAAAGUUUUGGUUAUGAGUGCUUUAAAGAAAGAAAUCUGUUUUCUGCUCUUUUCUCCCUGGUGAGGUAUCAAAUUAUUUGUAACAUAAAUUAUUGUUAGGGACUUUAAUCUAAUUUGUAUUUCCUCAAAACCUCCUUCAAGGCUGUAGUCCUGUGCAUACUUCUUGAAGCAAGCUGAAGACCAGUCAGGGGAGCUUACUUCCAAGUAGAUAUAUAUAGGAUUCUGCUGGAAAUAAUUUAAGUUUUAUAAUACUAUCCACACACACACCUGCACUCUCUGAUCUUGUAGUUUCCUGCCAGAGAACUGUUUCAAAAAAUGGUAUCUCUGCAUGGACCAGUGGAUAUAAUUGCAGAGAUCCCUGCUCCUUUAAACUGAAUGAGGAAGUAACACAUGCUUUGUGCCUCCCUCAUAAUAAACAUAUGGCUUGGCGUUGGGACAAAGGAGGGUAACGUUGAUGUCUUUUAACACUAAGUAUGCCAAUUCAAAUAUAGUACAGUAUAUAUGUGUCACUUUGACAGUGUGUGUGUGUGUGUGUAUAUAUAUAUAUAUAUAUAUAUAUAUAUAUAUAUAUAUUCACCAUACACCAAAUAAACCUGUUCAAUUAUAAGGUUGCAAGUGGAGCAUAUGUAGGAAUCAAUAAUAGUCAACUCUGUAAGAGAAAAAGAAAUAUUCCCGUUUGUUCAGAACCCCUGGUAUGUAAAGCCAUACAAUUAACACUAAAGAAUAUGAAGCCUUUAAACUGGCUAUGUCUGUAAUCAAAUAAUGGAAAAAGAAGAAGAAAGUAAUUAAAUGAACACACCAUUCAGGGUCGACUACAUCCAGCAAAAAGCAGUGGUAGGUCUUUGAUCAUGGUUGGUUGCAUAGUGAUAUCAAACAGUUGGUUCCCAUGUAACAGCUAAAUGUUUCAGAUUUUGUUUUUAUUAAAUUUGGCAGUUUCACACUGGGAUCUGCUGAUUCCUGGCACAUAAGACACAGCUCAAAUGUGAGAAAGUAUUCCAUUUUCACAAUUGCAGGGAGUUGGGAUUACCUCCCCCCCCCCACCGAAAAAAAUGGGCAACAGCAAUGUACUCCGUUCACACUGUUCUCCUAUUUCUGAACUGUGCAGUUAUCUAUUAAAUUUUCUAAUAGAUCUUUGUGUAAAAUGUAUGUAUGCUUGUGCAAUUAUGGGGGGAAAAGCGGUUUUGGAAAAUGGUGUGUUUAUUUCAAAUCACUUAUGGGGCAUGUACAAAAUUGUAUAAAAACCAUUUGGUUUGCCCAGUAAAAUUGUUUUUUGUGAUAUUUCUGUGUUGUUGAAUAAAGGAAUUUAGUACUCUAAAGAUCUCUCUUUUUCCAUGAACACAAACAGAUUUUGUUUGAGGGAUCUUAAAUAAUAAAGUUAUUAUCCUUGAUAACAACUUUUGCAAAAUAACCAAAAAGGUUCCUAUUCUUGAUUAAUACUUUA